UGGCCUCCUUGUAGGUGAAUCUGCAGCACGUUUGGAGGUAAAAUCGGUUUGUACAGUCAGCAAUUUUGUCGCGGCCUGUAUAAGAAAGGAGUUAGUGUCCAAUAACAAUUGUGCGCUUUUUUCCGAAGAAACUUCACGGCGAAACUUUGGCAAAAGCUGUCAAAGUCGAAAAUAGACAAUUGGAAAAUUAUGCCAAAAUUAUUGAUAACUCUUUGCGAGCAGCGAUAGCUGUUGCGACAAUUCCGGAAUAAGGGAAAGCAAGAAGGACACAGGAUGAGGGAGCAAUGAUAACGUCAUGCUGCGCAAUCUUACUGCAAAAUGGAUCAGCUUGAAAAGGAUCAAACCAACGAUGUGUCCGUCACAUAAUCCAAGAACGUAUUCGGAAAGACGUCGAAGAAGCGGCGAUGGCAGAAAGAGGGAGAUCUUCGAGGAAAAAGCAGCGGCUAACGAGGAAGAAUAUUUUCGGAGAGAGACCGCGAGACAAUUAAAAGAGCUGAAAGAAAAGCAAGAACAACUUAAAGAAGAGAAAAAGAAUAAAAAAGCAAAGGAAAAUGAUAAGUCAGCGAAAAAAGGAGACAAGCAAAAGAAACCUGAUUAAGCUGAUAAAACCAUAUAAAAAAAAAUCGGGACAAAAAUGAUAUAAUGUGCAAGGGUUACAAUAUAAUAUAUUACAAUUCUUAACUAGUCACAAAUCCAAUGAAUUCUAGAGGAAAGUCUCCUAUUAUGAGAUAGUUUCCUAAUAUGAGACAGCGGAUUUUCUACUAAAUUAAUAGGCAUCGUCUGUUGGUUUCACCAUGAAUCUACUGCCCUCGAAGUGAAAUCUGUUUAGCGGAAAAUUGAUUGUUAGAU